AGAAUACCUACCAGGUAGAUAUUCUCGGACUCUUCUGUGAAAUCGCCACAAAAUGAGAAGAAGAUCAUGGAGUCAUGUUGUUAACCUAAUAUAAUAAUUUAAUUAUAUUAUUUUGAAUUUGAAUCGAAGAAAAAUAAUUAUACAUAUACAAAUAAUUGUAGAGUAGAAAGUUAAGAGUGAAAGAGAAAUAAUUUUGAAAAUGACUGAAGAGAUUUCAUCAGAAGAGCGAGACAAGAUCCGCGAAAAACUUUCUAGCCUUAGCUUCGAGGAACUACUGAAAAUGAAAAAAGACAUGGGCGCGAAGUUGUACAAUAAAACCAUCUACGGAGAACACAAAUCGAAACCCAAAGUCGACUUUCAGCGUGCCAAUAAAAACAGACCUAGGGAAGUUAGUUCGAAAGUACGGCCAAAAAAGUUCAAUAAACAUUCUGAAGAAAAAGCACCCUCAACAAAAAAGUUCGUCCCUAGAGAUCCUCGUUUUGAUCCCCUUUGCGGACAGUUUGAUGAAAAGGAGUUCAGAGCUAAUUACAAGUUCCUUAAUGAUAUCCGCCAGAACGAGAAAAAGGAACUGGAGAAAGAGUUGAAAAAUUGCGUCAAUCCGGAACGAAAUAAAGUGAUUCAGUUGCUGAUACAGAGAAUAAAUAAUCAACUCAGAGAACACAACAAAAUUGAAACCGAGGAAUUGAAGAAAGUUGAAGAGAAAAUGGAAAUCAGGAGAAAACUCAAGAGUGGUGAAAAACCGAAUUUCAAAAAAAAAUCUGUGAAAAAAUUAGAAGACUUGAUUGACAAGUACGAAACUCUUAAGAAAUCCAACAAAUUGAAGAAGCAUAUAGAAAAGAGGUCCAAGAAAUUGAUAGGAAAGAGCAAGAAAAAAAUGAAUCACGAACAGGAAUUCAGGUAGUUUUAUGAGAAAAAUAGUUAUUAUUGAUUCACGUGAUUUAACAUGUAACUGAAGAUAACAAAAAAGUAAAUGUAAAUAAAUAAGUAUGGUAAAUAGUAAUGAA